AUCGAGUGAAACAAGAGGAGGCAGAAAUCAAGCGAGCGGGCUCGUGAGCACGUAGAGGCUGAUGAUGGACGUCUACUACGCCGUCUGUCGAUUCUGGUGCUGUUGUCCGGGCAACGAUGACCGCGAGCAGCCAGAAUGGCGCCAACAGAAGAAGGAUAUCGAAUACGUUUUGCAUCAACAGGACAUCAACGCCUCGGCGCAAUCCGGUGGCCAAAACCUAUCCACGUCUCUUCAUCCGAACAGUGUCGGAACGCCCACACACAGUGCCAAAUCUGCCGAAGGAGCGACAGCCGUUGGAGCUAGCGCCAUUUCUAGUGGUGGAGGUCACGGCGAAGAAGAGAGUCACCUCCUGAAGGAAGUGCGCAGCAGCAGCCUCAAAACAGAAAUGUACCGCCAAAUUUGGCAGAGACGCGUCCUCUGGUUUGGACAGACUUUACCUUCGUUCGAAAGUCGGAGUACCAUCGAAUUUUGGAGCGGAUGGGCCAACCGGCCAUCGAAUCAACAAUCAGCUUCCGGCGGCAAAUCAAAUCAUGCACCCACGACACCGCCCACCAGUUCUACAGCUAGACGCAAAAAAUAUCAUUUGACGCCAGAAGUGUCAAUCGAGAGCCUGCAGCCGGAAUUGUAUGCGCAGACGUCGGUCGAGUCGAUGGAAGGCUCGUCGAUGGACGCUGGGUUCGGCGGCUACGGCGACGUUGACCUCCAUUUCGACGGACCUGCGGAGAUGACGCCGUUGGGACAGAUCCAUUUUUCGCUCAUUUACGACGAUCAUAAAAAAACGCUCCUAGUCAAAAUAGUAGAAGCUUGUCACCUGCCACCACCCAAAUACACUGCCUCCCUUUCGGCGAGCGACACUGGCCAACACGAGCCGAAUCAACAGGGCCCGCAGCAACAGGACCCGCCAUCGUCCCACACUGCCGUUCGCCACCGCAAAGAUCCGCCUCAUUCGAAUCCAUACGUGCGGGUGUAUUUGUUACCGGAUCAACGAGAUUGCCGGCAGACGCCGGUGCAACGCAAGACGCAAAAUCCGGUCUUCAAUCAAGGUUUCACUUACGAGCUAGCCCACCGGGAGGUGCUCAAGCGAACGCUGAUGCUCAAAGUUCAGGAUCUGAAUCGAUCGACCCACCGGCACCACGUCAUCGGCCAAGUCCUCCUACCCCUCUCCGACCUCAAUCUCAUCAAGGGAGUCCACAUCUGGAAAAGGAUCCGCCCAACAGAUCACGACUCGCAUACGCCCGAAUUAGGUGAAAUACUUGUCUCACUGACGUACCUCCCAUCUGCCCGUAGACUGAACUUGGACUUGUUACGAGGAAAACAACUACUUCAAACCAAUAUCGGAGGCUCUGUUCCCUACGUCAGGGUGUCGUUGGUGAUUGCAGGUAAACAUAUAAAGACAAAAAAAUCGUCUCGCAAGAGGAACACAAUCGAUCCGGUCUGGGGCGAAACAAUAAGCUUCAAUGUGGCGGCGGUCGAGCUACCGGAAUCGAGCCUGGUCGUCAGCGUUUGGGAUUUCAAUGGUGGCAUCGUCAAGGAUGAUUUUAUCGGCCGGAUCGUCUUGUCGGCCAAAGAGCCAUCAGGUGAGGAGGAGAUGAGCCACUGGAAUUGCAUCUUGAACGAUGAUCGAAGUUCGACUGCCUAUUGGCAUACACUUCGUUCAAGAGAAGAAUGCGACCAGAUUUCUGCGGCUUCAGUGGCUAUCUGUUGAAUUCAGAUGCAAAAAGGAAAGUAAUAAUAGUUUGGAGGAAUUUCUGAACAAAACAAAACAAAGAGAUUCCUUGCAAGCGGACGUCAUUGCUGUAAUCACGCUUCUCGCCGUAAAUAGCAGUGGACGGCAGCAAUGCGUCACUAUCGCAACGUUCAAUCUCUUUCUUGACCACGCGAACUUGAGUUCUUCCCUUGCUUCCUCUAUAUACCAGCACAAAAUACGCUCCACAUAUAUUUUGACGAUUUUGCAUGCGGUAUGUAGUACGUACAUCCAAUAAGUGGUUCAAGAGUACCAAUUUCGCGUAUGUAUUACCCGUAGACAAAUAUCCUCUGUCUGGUCACAUCGUCACACCACAGUCAUUUUUUGUAUCAUAACACAUAAAAAUGUAGAUUAUACGCGUUAUAUUCAUAUAUGUAUACAUAUCUCUAUGUACGGCUAAAAAAAAAUUAUACAGAACUCUUACUUUAA